AAAGAAUCAUUGAAUUCACACCAAUAAAUCUGUGAAAUAUUGAUCAUCACCAACCGUCACCUUCAACGACAUUUGAGUUCAGUUCCUUCCCAUUUAUGAAGAAGCUCACACAGUGCACCUUCCUUUCCCAGUACACACUUCACUGCAUGUUGCGCUGUCUCUGCCUCUUUUGAAGGGGGAAAAGUCCCUCUUGAAAACUAAGUCUCUACUCAAAAAGUGCUGCCACAGAACCAAAGCAUCACUACUUUUCCACAACCUUGAAUCCAGACAAAGACAAUAGUUUGCUUCUUGCAUCAGUUGUUUCUUUAUUUAUCCUUCUUUUUGUUGCCUUUCGCAGAUCCUCACAUCCAGACAAUCUUGCUCACAUUCUCUUGUUAUAGUCCACAAUCUUCAUAUUACAUGUUACAUCACAGUGAAUUCUUUUUUCCUCAAAAAGUUCCAUUAGUUUUCAUAAGCUUCUGCUGUGUACUUUUACUCUUUCAAGUUUCAACUACUGUGUCCUUUAGCUUGUGUCCUUCUAUGCUGUAAAAAAAUUUGUUUCCCUGGUUGGCAUUUCCUUGCUCUAAACAAUCCACCUUCAUGAUAUGGUCACACUGGUUUUGAAGUUGUGAGUGUUUUUCAUCUUUGCAAGUUUCACACAUCACUCCUUGAUGGGGUUGGGAGUGUUUGGUUCUGUUCUGGUUUUGGCACUCUUGUUCAAGCAUUUGGCAUCUCAGCAACCAAACACUGAUGAGUUCUACGUGUCUGAGUUCUUUAGGAACAUGAGUUUAACAUCCUCCAAAGCCUACAAUUUCUCUGCUUCUGUUUGUUCAUGGCAAGGGGUUUCCUGUGAUGCCAAUAGAGAACAUGUUGUUGAGUUAGUCCUUUCUGGUAUGGACCUCUCUGGCACUAUACCUGAUAACACCAUAGGCAAGCUAGGAAAGCUUCAAUCUUUGGAUCUUAGCUACAACAAAAUCACUAGCUUGCCUUCAGAUUUCUGGAGUUUGAGCUCCCUCAAGAGCCUUAACCUCUCCUCCAAUCAGAUUUCUGGUUCAUUGACUAACAACAUUGGCAACUUUGGUUUGCUUGAAAGCUUUGACUUGUCCAGCAACAAUUUAUCGGAAGAAAUUCCUGAAGCUCUAGGCUCACUGCUGAGUCUUCGGGUCCUCAAACUUGACCACAACAGGUUUGCACACAACAUACCUUCUGGGAUUCUCAAGUGCCAGUCUCUAGUUUCAAUUGAUCUUUCAUCAAAUCAGCUCAAUGGAACACUUCCACAAGGUUUUGGUGCUGCUUUUCCUAAGCUUAGGGUUUUGAACCUUUCUAGGAAUAAUAUGUAUGGACGUGUUUCAGAUAUUUCUGGGCUAAAGUCCCUUGUGAGUCUCAACAUAUCAGGGAAUUCGUUUCAGGGUUCUAUUAUGGAUGUGUUUCAGGGAAGGUUGGAGGUUCUGGACCUCAGCAGAAACCAAUUUCAAGGUCACAUUCCUCAGGUACAAUACAACUUUAGUAGUUACAAUUGGUCUCAAUUAGUUUACCUGGAUUUGUCAGAGAAUAAGCUCAGUGGGGAAUUUUUUCAAAAUUUGAAUGAUACCUUGAAUUUAAAGCAUAUUAAUCUUGCACACAAUAGAUUUUCCAGACAGAAAUUCCCCCAGAUUGAAAUGCUCCUGAAAUUGGAAUAUCUGAACUUGUCCAAAACUAGCCUUGUUGAUGAAAUUCCUGAUGAAAUCUCACAAUUAAGCAAUUUGAAUGCACUUGAUCUUUCUAUGAAUCAUCUUAGUGAGAAAAUUCCCUUACUGAUGAAUGAAAACCUCCAAGUCCUUGACCUCUCAAACAACAAUUUGAGUGGAGCAGUCCCUCCAUCUGUCUUGAAGAAACUUCCAUUUAUGGAGAAGUUCAACUUCUCUUACAACAACCUUACCCUCUGUGCUUCUGAAAUCACACCUGAGAUCCUACAAACAGCAUUCUAUGGAUCAUUGAACAGUUGUCCAAUAGCUGCAAACCCGCGGCUUUUCAGAAGAAGAGACACUGAAAACAAGGGAAUGAAGCUAGCCCUGGCAUUGACCUUCUCAAUGAUUUUUGUGCUUGCCGGGCUUUUGUUUCUAGCAUUUGGCUGCAGAAGGAAAACAAAAAUGUGGGAAUUCAAGCAAGCUUCAUACAAAGAAGAGCAAAACAUUUCAGGUCCCUUCUCAUUCCAGACUGAUUCUACAACUUGGGUGGCUGAUGUGAAGCAAGCAACAUCAGUCCCAGUAGUAAUCUUUGAGAAGCCUUUGUUGAAUAUCACAUUUGCUGAUCUCCUGGCUGCGACUUCAAAUUUUGAUAGGGGCACCCUUUUGGCUGAAGGAAAAUUUGGACCAGUCUAUAGAGGUUUUCUGCCUGGUGGUAUUCAUGUGGCAGUUAAGGUUUUGGUUCUUGGUUCUACUUUGACAGAUGAAGAGGCUGGAAGAGAGUUAGAGUUUCUUGGCAGAAUCAAGCACCCCAAUCUUGUUCCCUUAACAGGAUAUUGUGUAGCUGGAGAUCAGAGAAUUGCUAUAUAUGAUUACAUGGAGAAUGGUAACUUGCAAAACCUGCUUUAUGACUUGCCACUUGGUGUACAAAGCACGGAUGAUUGGAGCACAGACACAUGGGAAGAAGAUAACAACAAUGGCAUUCAAAAUGCUGGUUCUGAAGGGUUACUAACAUCUUGGAGAUUUCGCCACAAGAUUGCACUUGGCACAGCUCGAGCAUUGGCAUUUUUGCACCAUGGUUGCUCUCCUCCAAUAAUUCAUAGAGCUGUUAAGGCUAGCAGUGUUUAUUUGGACUAUGAUUUGGAGCCAAGGUUGUCUGAUUUUGGAUUAGCCAAGAUUUUUGGAAGUGGCUUGGACGAUGAAAUUGCUCGUGGCUCACCAGGUUAUGUUCCACCAGAGUUUUCUCAACAAGAAUUUGACACACCAACACCAAAAUCUGAUGUGUACUGUUUUGGGGUGGUUCUGUUUGAACUAGUAACGGGAAAGAAGCCAGUUGGAGAUGAUUACCCUGAUGACAAAGAAGCAACUUUGGUAAGCUGGGUGAGAGGACUUGUGAGAAAAAACCAAGGUUCAAGAGCUAUUGAUCCAAAGAUUCGUGACACAGGACCAGAUGAAGAAAUGGAAGAGGCUCUUAAGAUUGCUUAUCUUUGCACUGCUGAUCUUCCCUUCAAGCGACCAAGCAUGCAACAGAUUGUUGGACUUCUAAAGGAUAUUGAACCUACUGCAUGAUAGUUAGUUAGCAUGUUGAGAAAGAGUUUAGGUCCUUUUAUUUCAUUUUUUUUAAAUUUAUUUCUCUUUGAUUUUUGUUGAGAGCUUCUCAUGCUACCUUGGAGAAAAUGUAAAGCAGUUAUGAGUUCUUAAAUGUUGAUCUCUUUUCAUUCCCCCCCACCAGAUGAACAAAUCUUUGAUGAUGAAUAUACGGAAAAACCUGAUCUUUGAAGUUUGAACAAUAACAUGUUACUGCA